AUGCCUCCACUGAAGGCAGACGGCGUCUCCGCCUCUGCCCAACGCGUGGCGGGCCUCAGCGACCGUGAGAAGACCAUUUUGCUCACGGCAUGGACCUGUGUUGCACGGGUUCCAGACUUGGAUCUAGACAAGCUCUGCGCAGACUGUGACCUUUCCAAUCGAUCGAAUGCCGGCCGAGUCUGGCUCAACCUGAAGCAAAAGCUUGGCAUCGACAGCCAAGACGCCACGCCCAAGCGGUCCGGCCGCGGCGGCAGAAACCGAAAGCGGAAGCGGGCAGGCAGCCCUACCAAGGGCACCCCUGCGGCUCAGGACAUGAAGGACGGCAAGCAGGACAUGGGAGGCGUUGUAUCGCCCCUCACUGUUGGCGACCAUACUGGAGACGGCAGCAUUGGCAGCGGCGAUGGUUCCUCCAAGGGACGUGCUACGCGCUUGCCCGCCGGAGCUGGUCAUCAGCCUGUGGCUGGGUCUGAUUUUCGCAUGGGCCACGGUUCUGCCUUUGCUCCUUUCAGUGUUUUGCCGUCGCCGACCAAGUUCAACAGUGUCACCGCCGCUACUGCUUCCUUCGCUGGCCGUGGCGCCAUUUCUGCCGCUGGCCAACGUGGUGCUGGUGUCCCGACCGGCAGCGUCCAGCAGAUGUCGAUGUCGCCUUUUGGUACUCCUGGCGGCUUCCAAGCCCCUGCCCGCAACGUCCGCGCCAUCAUGGCCGCCGUCUCGCGCCUCCCAGGCUUUGGCAACUACUCGGCUGGAGCCACCCAGGCCAACUCUGCCCCUGUGACUCCAGCCAAGGCGAUUGUGCUCCCUUCUGCGACGGCGGUCUUUGCUUGCCCGUCAACAGUGCCUUGCAUGCCGGCCGUGCCAUUUGUUCAUGCGAUCCCCACAGCUGGCAAGGACACGCACCGGCACAAGUUGCCCACAACGUGCCGCGUCCCAAAGACGCCUGGCACGGCCAGGGCCAACACGUUCCAAUGCCCAGCUGGCAGAAACGGCAAGAAGCCCGUGGCCCAGCAGUUGCUUCCGCGCACGCCAGAGGCCAAGCCACACCCAGCAUGUGAGGCCAAGGACAUUGUCGCGCUCAUCAAGGAGAUCAAGGCCACGGCUGGACGCGUCGCCACGGCCGCUGCGGAUACGGCGGCUGCUCCCAGCUUUGGCGAGGGGAACGAUGACGACGACGACGUCGACCGUCCGGCCACCAGCGGUGGUGUUCGACUUGUGGCCAAGAACGAUGACGGGGGCGUGGGUGGAGGGAGUGAUUAG